AUGGAUGACAACACCGAUGUUGAGAUCCAUGGCCAGGCAAAAACCGACAAUUGUGGCCAUAUAAAUCCUGAACACAAUCAAAAAAUAGCCGAUCGCAGAGUUUUGCCUCUUCUGCUAGUCGGUUUCGCCGUCUAUCAGCUUGAUCGGACGAAUAUUGGGAGUGUUCUUACGGGUGACUUUGCGAGGAUUAUCUCGGUGGAUAAGAACACCAUCAAUUUGGGAAAUCAACUGAUGUUUUUGGGUGUUAUUAUAUUGGAGAUUCCAUCGAACAUGGUAUUACACAAGAUAGGUGCUCGCCGAUGGAUAGGCGGGCAGGUUUUUAUCUUUGGUCUCGUAGCCUGUUUACAGGUUUUUCUGCGAAACAAAGUGGGCUUUCUCGUGACGAGAUCGAUACUAGGCCUCGCUGAAGCAGGGUACAUUCCAGGCGCGAUGUAUACGCUUUCUACGUGGUACGAUGCAAAUCAAUUAACGAAAAGAAUUGCCAUAUUCUUUUUCGGGAUGUUUGGUGGUACUGCCAUUUCCCCAUUACUUGGAGCUGCCCUCUUAAAACUAGAGGGGAAGGGUGGCCUUUUCGGUUGGCAAUGGAUCUUCCUAGUGGAGGGUCUAUUUGCUAUUGUCAUGUCUAUUAUUCUGUUUUACGGCCUUCCUGAAAAGAGGGAAAAUUACCCCAUUCCGAAGGACCAAGAGUCGGGAUCCCUAGAUCUACCUUCACCAGAUCGUCACCGACCUCACAUAUCCCCCCGGUUGAUAUGGGAGACAUUGACGAAUGUACAAAAAUGGCCCCAUUUCAUCGCCACCGCAUGUGUGUUCUCAACAUGGAGCCCACUUACUACAUACACUCCAAGUAUCAUCAUGGAGCUUGGAUUCAGACCCAUUGAAGCGAAUGCCCUGGCUGCAAUAGGCAGCCUUCUUACUCUUCCCGUCAUUUUUUGCUUUGCCUGGAUGAGUGAUGUACUAAAGAAGAGAGGCCUAGUUGUCCUGAUCGCUAUCUCAGUAUACUUGGUUGCUUUGGUGCUCCUCAGGGUCUUGCAGACGCAUGUCGAUAAAUGGGGCAAGUUUGGGUUAUGGACUACCGUCAAUGCUUUCGCUGUGGGAUAUCACCCGAUUCACAAUGCUUGGAUUCAAAUCAAUUGCAAGUCCGCCGAAGAGAGAAGUAUAAGUGUUGCUUAUCCCCGGGGAUUGAUCAUAAUGAUCGCUUUGGUUUUGUCGGGGUUACUGCUUGUGGUGCUACAGAUCAUCCUCUUUCGCGCCCAUAAUCGGCGUAUGGGAAAUGCAGUUUCGGGGAAAUUGGGGUCAACAUAUGAUUUGUGA